AUCGUAUCCGAAAAUAUCUGUUGACGGGAAAUCGGGCACACUGUCGUCCCCCCCAAAAUAGGGAGAAACAGGGAGGAAGACACGGGAACAGCCGCGCACAGGAGGGGAUUUCGCCGCCGCGACCCGCCGGAACGAGCGCCGCGCUGGGGCACAUGGAGGAGUACCGCCUGCCGACAUCCGGCCCGCUCGCGGCGGCCGGGCCCCGCCGCCAUUCCCGACGGCCGCGGCGCCGUUGCCGCCUGCUCCUCCUCCCGACCUUCGCCCUGGCGCUCCUCUCCCUCGCCUACCUGUCCUUCUCCUCCCACGCCAGCCUCCCCUUCCACGCAAUACACCAAGGUCCGAUCAACAGGGAGAACGUUGGAAAGGGAAUGGAUAAGAGAGACAAACGCAAUACCAUGGUCAAGGAAAAUACCUCUAUGACAAUAGACAAGUCAGAACCCUUCAUCAAAGGAAGAAAGAAAAAGCGUUAUGGGCCCUGUGAAAUUGAGUUUUUGCCGUUGGUUGACAAUCUUGUGGAGCCUGCUGACUACAACAAUUUUACACAGUUUUUGUUGAAGUAUAUCUUGAAUGAGGGACUUUUGAUUGGUAAUGGGUUUUUUGAACCAUUGUUUGCUGGGCACCAGAGUCUUCAGGAAAGAGAGGAAACAUAUUAUGCAAAGAACCAAAGUAUUCACUGUGGUUUUGUAGAUGGUCCAGAGGGUUACCCUAGUAGUGGAUUUGAUUUGGAUGAACAUGACAGGGUUUAUAUGGCUACCUGCCGUGUGGUGGUGUCAUCAUGCAUUUUUGGAGGCUCUGAUUACUUAAGGAAACCAACUAAAAGCAAAAUUGGCUCAUACUCUAAGAAGAAUGUGUGCUUCAUCAUGUUCCUGGAUGAGCUAACGUUGACAACCCUUUCCUCUGAAGGACACGUCCCUGAUGAAAAUGGAUCCAUUGGUCUUUGGAGAAUUGUUGUAGUUAAGAAUUUACCCUACAAAGAUAUGCGGAGAGCAGGAAAGGUGCCAAAACUUCUGGCUCACCGACUCUUCCCAUCUGCCUUGUACUCAAUCUGGUUGGACAGCAAAUUGCGUCUUAUUGCUGAUCCAAUGCUUAUAAUUGAGUAUUUCUUAUGGAGAAAGAAAGCAGAGUAUGCCAUUUCAGCGCACUAUGAUCGCACCUGUGUCUGGGAGGAAGUGCUUCAGAACAAGCACUUAAACAAGUAUAAUCACACUGCUAUCGAUGAGCAAUUUUACUUUUACCAGUCUGACGGCCUUGUGAAGUUUAAUGCCUCUGGCCAAGAUCCUGUUCUACCGAGUUAUGUGCCCGAAGGUUCUUUCAUCGUGCGUGCCCAUACACCAAUGUCUAAUUUAUUUUCAUGCCUUUGGUUCAAUGAGAUCAACCGUUUCACGUCACGUGAUCAAUUGAGUUUUACAUACACUUACUUGAAGCUCAGGAGAAUGAACGCUGGAAGAUAUUUUCAGCUAAAUAUGUUUAAGGACUGUGAAAGAAGAGCAGUAGCUAAACUGUUCCAUCACCGAACUAAUGGAGCUACAGAUCCACCCCCAACAAACACAGGAAGCGGGCCGCCGCGAACACUCUACAUGGAAUUCUUUUUCGUUGCUGCCUCCUGGUUUCCACAGUUUCCAGACGCGGGAGAAAUCUUACAGAGCAGCACUGUAUUCUGCUGCGAUAAGAGGAGCAGAAAACGGGCAGUUUCAGGUUCCAACCAUGCAUGCUUUUACUUGCAAAGUCGUUGGUGGAAGAGAUACAUAUCGGGGAAAAUACCCUUUGAACAUGGUGGUAAUUACACCUGAUAACUGAUUUUAUUUUUAAAACAUCAGAAAAGGUCAAAACGUUCCAAAACUUUUUCCCAACAAACUUGAGCUGUCGUUUGUGUCGUACAAAAAUAUUUUGUACCGAAAUAUUCUCUGACAAAAAUGACAAAUUGCCCAGGACAUAUAGCGUGAACAGUACCUUGUAUAUAGCGACAAAUUUGUUUUCUUUACGUCCACAACAACAUGAAAGUCAUUUCUUCACUAAAGAUUUUAUACGAGUGCAACAAUAAAUCUCCUUUGUUUGCAAAAAGUUUCAGAUUUUUUUGACUUUCUUACAAAUUAUUACUAAUUGUUUUAAAAAUAAUCGGGUGUAAUUACACCCGAGAGCCAAACGUUCACUUCCGCAGGAUAAUGUAGUGAAUUUCAAUUCGCUGAUGUUCUCAGUCACUGCUCAAAGAACAGGAGUAUGAGUAGGAGAGCAGAUAGCAGCAUUUAUCAUUUUCAGUGUACGAAGAGAUAAUUCCUUAAGAUUU